CCGGAGCCGCGGAGGGCGGGAAGAGCUGCGGGAGGAGGGGAAGGAGGGAGAAGGGCGGGGAGUUGGCGGCUCCCUCUCGUCCGGGCUCUGCGCACCCACGCUUUGCCGCUCCGUCUUCUGGCCCCCGACCCGGGCAUGCGCCCCCCGCGGUCCUGGCCCCCCAGAGCCCACGCCGCCCCGCGGAGCCUCCCCAGAGCCGCCUACGCAGAAUGGGCGCCCCCGGCCCCACGCCGCUGAGUUCGCUGCUGCUGCUGCCGCUGCUGCUGCUGCUGCUAAUGCUCGGAGUCAGGUGCUAUGGCCGGCAGGUGCAUGUCCCCAAGGGGCCUCUUUACCGUGUGGCUGGCACCGCUGUCUCUAUCUCCUGCAACGUGAGUGCCUAUGAGGGCCCUUCUCAGCAAGACUUUGAGUGGUUCAUGUACAGACCAGAGGCCCCAGCCACUUCCCUGGGCAUCAUCAGCACCAAGGACAAACAGUUCUCCUACGCUGUCUUCGGGCCUCGCGUGGCAUCCGGUGACCUGCAGGUGCAGCGCCUGAAAGGGGAUUCCGUGGUGCUCAAGAUUGCUCGCCUGCAGGCCCAGGACUCUGGCUUUUAUGAAUGCUACACCCCCUCUACGGAUUCCCAGUACCUGGGCAACUAUAGUGCUAAAGUGGAACUGAGAGUUCUUCCAGAUGAGCUGCAGGUAUCUGCUGCCCCUCCAGGGCCCCGGGGACGCCAGGCUGCAACCUCCCCCUCACGCCUGACAGUGCAUGAGGGGCAGGAGCUGGCCCUGGGCUGCCUGGCUCAGACCAAAACAAAGAAGCACACACACCUGUCGGUGUCCUUUGGGAGAGCCACGCCUGAGGCGCCAGUGGGGCGGGCCACUCUUCAGGAAGUGGUGGGACUGCGCUCCGACAUGGCCGUGGAGGCUGGAGCUCCCUAUGCCGAGAGGCUGGCUGCCGGGGAGCUGAGGCUGAGCAAGGAAGGGACCGACCGCUACCGCAUGGUGGUUGGGGGUGCUCAGGCCGGGGACUCCGGCACCUACCACUGCACUGCUGCCGAGUGGAUUCAGGAUCCUGAUGGCUCCUGGGUCCAGAUUGCAGAGAAGAGAGCCGUCCUGGCCCACGUGGAUGUGCAGACGCUGUCCAGCCAGCUGGCGGUGACCGUGGGACCCGGCGAACGCCGGAUUGGCCCGGGUGAGCCCCUUGAACUGCUGUGCAACGUGUCAGGGGCCCUGCCCCCACCAGGCCGUCACGCCGCGUACUCUGUGGGCUGGGAGAUGGCCCCUGCCGGGGCUCCUGGGCCUGGCCGCCUGGUGGCCCAGCUGGACACUGAAGGUAUAGGUAGCUUGGGCCCUGGUUAUGAGGACCGGCACAUUGCCAUGGAGAAAGUGGCAUCCAGAACCUACCGACUACGGCUGGAGGCUGCCAGGCCCGGUGAUGCAGGCACCUACCGCUGCCUCGCCAAAGCCUAUGUUCGAGGCUCCGGGACCCGGCUUCGGGAAGCGGCCAGUGCUCGAUCCCGGCCUCUCCCUGUGCACGUGAGAGAAGAAGGUGUGGUGCUGGAGGCCGUGGCGUGGCUGGCGGGGGGCACCGUGUACCGGGGAGAGACCGCCUCCCUGCUCUGCAACAUCUCCGUGCGGGGCGGCCCCCCAGGGCUGCGCCUAGCAGCCAGCUGGUGGGUGGAGAGACCCGAGGAGGGCGAGCUGAGUUCUGGCCCCGCUCAGCUGGUGGGUGGAGUGGGUCAGGACGGCGUGGCAGAGCUGGGAGUCCGCCCCGGAGGGGGGCCUGUCAGCGUGGAGCUGGUGGGCCCCAGAAGUCACCGACUGAGACUGCACAGCUUGGGGCCCGAGGACGAAGGCAUCUACCACUGUGCCCCGAGUGCCUGGGUGCAGCAUGCCGACUACAGCUGGUACCAGGCAGGCAGCGCGCGCUCCGGGCCUGUCACCGUCUACCCCUACACGCAUGCUCUGGAUACCCUGUUCGUGCCCUUGUUGGUGGGUACAGGAGUCGCCCUAGUCACUGGUGCCAGCGUCCUCGCUACCAUCACCUGCUGCUUUAUGAAGAGGAUGCGGAAGCGGUGAUCAGUAGCACCCCAGUUCUUGCAGGUUGUCAACUGUCUUCCAACCAGCGCCACCCCUCAUCCGGUUGCCUGGAUACCUUUGCCCUCUGCCCAGCCCUCCUUAAUUUAUUUGACCUGGCCCCAUCCACAGUGGGAGACGUGGCUCCCCCAUUCCCCUGCCCCAUUCCCCACACCUUUCCUCAAGUUUUCUGGCCUGUGUUCUUGGUCUCGCACUUAUACUGUAGGAAGGCCAGUUCCUGUCCUCAAACUAGUUUUUCUAAAAUGUGAAUAAACUGGUUUUAUAGAAA